AUGUACGAAAGYUUCUCACUUUUCGAGGCGAAGAAAUGGUUGAGAGCAGCAGYGAAAGGAGACAGUGUUCUCUUUUUGUAUAAACACAAGGACGACACCAGACGYUUUCGCAUCAAAUUUUGUACAACUUCAUCAAAGUCUUCUCUUGAAGUCUGUCGUGAUUUUGUGAAAGCAAUGGCUGGACUGUUCAGUAUCAAGGACGUAGCUGUUGCUGAACAAGAUGAUUCUCAGGUACCCAUGGAGGACUCUCAAACCCUCCCAUCAUCCCAAGCAAGCAGUGGGUCUACUAGCGAUUGUGCAGGGGCAGCCGUAUCAUUAGCUGAUUCGGCUAGAAAGUCAUCAAGAUCAAAUGAUGCCCAAAAAGCGUAUGAAAACACAAACGUUCCAACUUCUCGYCUUGGUUUGUUCAUAAGACUAUGUCUGACUGAUGCAAACUUUCCAGCUUUUGURGAAGAAGUUGAAAAAGAACUAUCACAACUUGUAUCAAAGAAUUGAUAGUAAAAUUGUAUACACUUUUUAUUAUCCCAUUUCCUGGAAAUGAUAAAGAAAAAUUACUGCCAAAGUGUUCAGUCUGAAAAAUAUAAUKUAGCGCAGUAUUUGCCUUCACAGCUUAUCAGUUCUUUKGGUUUCCUGUGCUCUGAAAACAGGCGCGUAAGAAUCUAUCUAUUAACAUCUGUCAAACGAUGAUGGGCAAUAUAAUCUUUACAAUUUUUAAAGCACAUUAAAACAAUUUCAAAAUUUAGGUUUUAAGCUUCCUUUAUAGAAACGGCGCAGUUACUAGUAUUUUUGCAGAGAAGUGACGAACAAGCGCAAAGAAAACAUUGCUCUYGAGAAAAUUGUGCGGUAUAUAUCGGUACUAA